CACACUCUCGCGUCUAUCCAAAGCUCAACUGCAAUAAAAAAAAAAUGGAGCUCACUCCCCAGCAGCUGAAAAAUUACGACGGCUCCGAUUCAUCGAAGCCCAUCUACGUGGCGAUCCGCGGCCGGAUCUAUGACGUCACCACCGGAAAGUCCUUCUACGGCCCCGGCGGCUCUUACUGCGUGUUCUCCGGCAAGGAUGCCAGCCGCGCACUCGCGAAGAUGAGCAAGGAAGAAAGCGACGUCGUUCCUUCCCUCGACGGACUCACCGAGAAAGAGAUCGGCGUUCUCGACGACUGGGAGAGGAAGUUUCAGGCCAAGUAUCCGAUCGUCGGCACAGUUGUUGGCAAUUAGUGAGUGUUUAUUUAGUUUAAAAAAAAAUGAAGAAACCCCCAAAUUAUUAGGGCUUAAUAUAGAUUGAUCGAUGGGUCAAUCAAUUAAAAGGAACCCUAAGUGUUCCAUUUUAUAUAACUUGUGUUGUUGUUGUUGUUGUGUGGUUUUGUUGCAUGUGGAUUUGUAUGAAUUGAAUGAAAAAAAGAGUGGUUAUGAACUUUUAGCUAUUUCUGCAAAUGUGUUUGGUUUCGACGAAUAACUGAGGCUAAUUUUCUUGAAUAGGAACUCUUUUAGGGUUUAAUGAUUUGGUUUGGA